AGCGAAAAUUGUGUGUUUUUUUUGCUUACACACACCAGUCGUACUGGUUUGGGGCUGCCACCGCGUACAAAAUUUUCAACAACAGCACCCCACUACGAUAGGUCAUCGCUAAUCGGCAAUAGAGUUUAGGGCCUGUGUCAUACGUUUCCUCGCACCAUCCCAGCUGUGUGCGUGUGCGUUGUGCUGCCGUGAAGACGGGGAAAACGCCGUUUUUCCUCGCUGCGGGUGAAAACUUCCAGUGAAGCCAAUCGGUGUCUGUGUGUGUGUGUGUGUGUGUGUGUGUGUGCGCGAGUGUAUCCGGAUUCCUCCAGUUUUGCUAGGGCAGGACAGCGGGGGAGGAAAAUAUACUUCAACCCCCAUACCCCAGUGUUGCAUUUGGUAGAAAACCAGCUGCUUGCUUUUCUUAGGGGCGAGGGCCGGGGCCAAUUGCUCGCGCAGCAAGUGGCACCAACAGAAACGCCAUGGGCAAGGUGAAAUUAUCCCUGCUGGUGGCCGCCGUGGUUGCCGUCAACUGUUGCUGCCUCUCGGCGUACGGCUACACGGUGCAGAAUGUGAAUCGCGCCGCCGAUGGUUCCCACGAUCUGGAUGAAAGCUUCCUCCAGCAGCCCCAUUACCGGAGCAACAACGAGCUGCUCGAUCUGUUGGCGCACCUGCAGAAGGACUACCCGGAGCUGGCCAAGGUGCACACGAUCGGACAGUCGCGCGAGGGCGUCCCGCUGUCCGUGCUGGAGAUACGGCCGAACGUGAACCGACCGCGGCCAUUGCUGAUGCCCAUGUUCAAGUACGUGGGCAACAUGCACGGCGACGAGACGGUGGGCCGCGAGCUGCUCCUCUACCUGGCGCAGUACCUGCUGUCCAACUAUGGUCGGGACCCGGAAGUGAGUGCGCUGGUCAACGAAACGGCCAUCUACCUGAUGCCGACGAUGAACCCGGACGGCUACGAACGGUCGAAGGAAGGUGUCUGUGAAUCGCCGCCAGACUACGUGGGCCGCUACAAUGCGGCGAAUGUGGAUUUGAAUCGCGAUUUCCCGGACCGGUUCGACGAUGAGCGUACGCGCCAUCAGCGCAUGAGGAACCGCCAGCCGGAAACGGUGGCCGUGAUGAACUGGAUCCUGAACAAUCCGUUCGUGCUGUCGGCCAACCUGCACGGUGGUGCGGUCGUUGCCAGCUACCCGUACGACAAUUCGAUCCAUCAUCAUGACUGCUGCGAAGAGAGCCGCACGCCGGACAAUAAGUUCUUCCGCUAUGCAGCCCUCACGUACGCCGAAAAUCAUCCGGUGAUGCGGCAGGGCCGUGAUUGCAACGAAACGUUCCCGAGCGGCAUCACCAACGGUGCGUACUGGUACGAGCUGAGCGGUGGCAUGCAGGAUUUCAACUACGUGUACAGCAACUGCUUCGAGGUGACGCUGGAGCUGAGCUGCUGCAAGUUUCCGUUCGCCCGCGAGCUGCCCAAAGAGUGGAACAAAAACAAGCGCAGUCUGCUCGAGUACAUGAAGCUGGUGCACGUCGGAGUGAAGGGACUCGUUACGGACAGUGCCGGCUAUCCGAUCAAGGAUGCGGACGUCAUCGUGAGCGGAAUCGAUCGUAACAUGCGCACCAGCGAGCGGGGCGAAUACUGGCGCCUUCUGACACCGGGCCAGUACAAUGUGCGCGUAGAAGCGGUUGGCUAUUAUCCGAGCGAGCCGGUAACCGUGCAGGUUAAGGUCGAUCAGCCGCUGCAGGUGAACUUCAGCCUGAAGAGCUACGACACGCAAGAAGCUCCGUCCAAGGCCGAACAGGUGCGCGUAGUGCGUGAAACCUUCGACGAGUACGGGUUUGCCAAGACGCCCGCAUUUGUGCAUCACAACUACACCUCCAUGGUUAGCUACAUUCAAGACCUUGCCAGCAACUACCCGUCCAUCACGCAUCUGUACACGAUCGGCAAAUCGGUGCAGGGGCGCGACCUCUGGGUGAUGGAAGUGACCGAGCAGCCGGGACAGCACGUGCCCGGCAAGCCGGAGGUGAAGUACAUUGCCAACAUGCACGGCAACGAGGUGGUCGGCCGGGAGCUGCUGCUCCUGUUUGCGACGUAUCUGUGCGAGAACUAUAAUCGGACGCAGCGCGUUACGCGGCUGCUGAACCGCACCCGGCUCCAUCUGCUGUUCAGCAUGAACCCGGACGGGUACGAGCUGGCCGACAUCAGCGACAAGGAGAGCUUGCGGGGCCGCUCGAACGCGAACAACGUCGAUCUGAACCGCAACUUUCCGGACCAGUUCGGGCGCAACCAGUACAACGCGCACCAGGAGCCGGAAACGCUCGCCGUCAUGAACUGGUCGCUCGCGACACCGUUCGUACUGUCGGCGAACCUGCACGGCGGGGCGCUGGUCGCGAACUACCCGUUCGACGAUUCGCCGAAGGACUUUGCGUACUCGAGCGGGUACGGCGAUCCGCGCACGGUGAAAAACCCGACGGAGGAGAACGAGCUGUUCCAGUAUCUGGCACACGUGUACGCAAACUCCCACACUACGAUGCACCUGGGACGUCCGUGCCCGAGUUUUCUGCGGGAAAACUUCCCCGACGGCAUCACGAACGGGGCCGCCUGGUACAGCGUGACGGGCGGUAUGCAGGACUGGUCGUACGUGGUUGGCGGUGCGUACGAGCUCACGCUCGAGGUCGGCUGCGACAAGUUCCCUCCCGCCGCGCAGCUGCCCGAGUUUUGGAAGCAAAACCGCGAGGCUUUGCUGCAGUACGUGGAGCAGGCGCAGCACGGCAUCACCGGGUACGUGCGCAGCACGAUCGGCCAUCCGAUUGCGCGGGCCAGCGUGCAGGUGAACCAGAUCGAGCAUGUGACCUACACGACGGCGAACGGUGAUUUCUACCGGCUGCUACUGCCCGGCCUGUACAACGUGACGGCCGAGGCGGAGGGCUACGAACCGCAGACGCUGCAGGUGCGCAUCCCGCCCGAAGCGGACCGAGCAGUGAUCGUCGAUUUUCAGCUGAUGCGGGACGAUCCGCAGCACUGGUCGUCGGCGUACGACUACCGGACGCUGGAAAACGUGAUCAAAACGCGGUACCAUUCGGACGCCGAGCUGAAAUCGACCAUGGCCGAGUUCGAGAACAAGCACUACAAAUCGGUCACGCUGGAGUUCAGCGGCAAUGAGGUGUCGAUGGCGUACCCGUCGGUGAAGGUGACCGAUAGUAUCGGAACACCGGAAGAGACAAAGCUGCACAUCCUGAUCAUAUCGUCUCUCUUUCAAACGGCGGCGAUCGGGCGCGAGAUGGUGAUGAACCUGGCCCGGCACGUUCUGGCGGGCUACUUAAUCAAAGAACCGCUGCUCAUUAAACUGCUCGAAAAUGCCGUCCUGCACUUUGUGCCGGUGAAGAACGAUUUCGAGGAGGUAAUGGCCCAGUUCCGGGCCAACGCUUCCGUGUGUAAUCCGACGCUGCAUACGGACGAGCUGGCGGACAAGCUGCUGAAUGCGGAAACGGACCACCAGAAGGACAUGUUCCUGCGCAUGCUGAAGGAGGACGAGUACGACCUGGCCCUUACGUUUGCGGCCGGCGGGCACGAUGUGUUCUUCCCCAACACGGACGAUAAGGUGGCGAUCUAUUCGCGCUUUGCGGAGAAAAUCAAGGGCCACAAGUACCGGCAGGCCGCCAGCACGGACAAGUGCACGGUCGAUGCGGGGCAGCUGCACCAGGUCGAGGCGACCCAGCGCGUCACGAACGCCAUCCACAAGCUGUACGAGGUGCCGCUGUUCACGAUGCAGCUCGGCUGCUGCAAGAUGCCAUCCGAGCCGGCGAUCGCCAGCGUCUGGCGCCAGAAUCUGGAGCGCAUGAUCAACUUCCUGCGCCUGAUCGAUACGGGCAUUCGCGGGUACGUGAAGGACGCUCAGGGUGCACCGUUGCGCAAAGCGAUACUGCGCGUGCGCGGCAACAAUCUGAUCUACAAGGUAACGCCCAACCUGGCCCACUUCCGCAUCGUGCUGCCGUCCGGCUCGAUGGAGAUCGAGAUCAGCUGCUACAACUACACCUCGCGCAUCGUGCCGAUCACGCUGGCCGACGAUCAGAUACUGGAUCUGGGCGACGUUGUGAUGGAGGUGGCAGCACGGCCGCGGGAAAGCAUUGUCGCACCGCCCGUACCGCUGCUGGUGCCGCAAGCGGUGCCGGAAAAGCACCACGACUUUGGUGUGCUCGAACCGAGCAAAACGAUGAAAGUGUUCCCGCAGGACGGUGGCGUCGAGGUGAAUGCUGUUGUGAGUGGAAUCGUACUGGACGAUGGCAAUCAUCCGCUGCCCGAUGCGAAAGUGUACGUAACCGAUGCGCAUAGCCAGCAGGUGCUGGCCAACGGGCGCACGGGACCCUUGGGCAAAUUCCAGUUUGAAUCUCUGUCCGACACGAAGGACAUUGUGGUGCACGCGGAACCGCACGGGUAUGAGGCAGGCGAAAAAACCAUUCGCCAAGGUCCGCUGGGCGGUGCGACCGGAAUCGUGUUCCAUCUGACGCGCGACGAGCGCGUGCUCGGCCUGCCGCGGCUCGUAUUCGUCAUACUGGCCGGGUGCGUCUCGGUCGGCAUCAUCGUUGCCGGCAUCAUGUGCUUCAUGUACAUUCAGGCGCGCCGGCGCGACUCGCGCUACUACUACAACUUCUCGCUGCUGCCGCAGAAGGGCGAACCGAACCGCAAGCUGUUCGACGACGACGAAGAAACGGAACUGUUCCGUGCGUCCACGAAAAAGCUGCAGCCAUACUACGAUGACGAACAGGAUCCGAUCACCGACACGGAUGACGACAGCGAGGAGGAAAUCGUGAUGCUAAAUCCCUCCUUCCGCAACACCAUUAGUCAAUCGUAGUAACCGGGGGCGCUGCUAAGAUUUUUGCGCGCUGUGUGCAACACACAGCACCACGCAAAUCCGAUCAAUUAUCUCCGCGUACCUUUUGAAGCUGCUUUCUACCGAAGCGCGGCCCCCGCCCAUUCGUUCUGAACGAUCGUUCGUAGUAUGGGCCAUUUUAAUGACCUACACCCAUUACCCGGGCGACACACCCUCCCCACGGUGGACAACUUGCCUUUCUGCUGCUGUUGAAAUCAUCGGUAUCCAGUAACUAGUAAUGUAACUAUGACAACGAAACACAAAUCGGCGCCCCAAACCACAACCCCGGGCCCAUCUUACUUGCAUGACAUGGUUGGCUUCUUCUAACAACUUUCAUGUGUGAUAACCGUCCGAUAAGUCCAGAGCGAAGGCAAAAACGCACAGAAUCGUCCCAGUCCCAGAGUACUGCAUUUGGUUGGUGUCCCUGGCACAAAUUACCUUAAGAGGGGACAGAGAGCAGCACCAUACCACUGAUAGGCAGCAUUCGAGCAUCAUGCUGUGAAGAACACAAGGAACAGAAGGAAGAAGCAGUAGACAACGUGUAAUUCCCCAGCGUACAGAGAUCCGGCAGGGUAGUAGGCAGAGAUCCUCCCAUCCAUCAUUGCUGUGCUGUUUAGAAUAAUUUAUAUUUUAUAUUUUUAAGUGAAACAAACUCUACUACCUACACUUAAUAAACCGCAUCAACGUCGUUGUGUGUGUAA